AUGCAGUUUCCAAUGGAGGAUGUACUGCAGAACAGCUACGGCUGUGCUGAGGAAGAUCAUGCUGACUGUCAAGCCUCGUUAGCUAAGAGCAAGCAGCAGAAUUUGGCCGAAGCAGUUGACUCAAGUGCUAACUGGUUGCAGAACAGCAAAAAGAUGUGCAAAGUUUUGCUGAGGCAUCAUGAUCCAGUCGUAUCACUUAACUUGAUAAGAUCUUUUCUGAUACUAUGGAAGCAAAUAGAAAUAUUAAAGGCAAAAUGGGGACAGCUCAAGCUGAGGAUUGAGGACAUCAAUACAGUGCCUCUCUACAAAGAGUUUUGUGAGCAAUAUGAUUUGGCUAUCCUGUACCCAGCCAUGAAAGCCAUAGUCAGACAAAUGGGCACAGAGGCGUUUGGAGAGCCCAUUACAAGCACACAGCAUAUACUUCCCCCCAGAGGAGCAUCAGAAAUUGAAAUGAAAGUGUACCAGCUUCAAAAGCUUCUGGAAAGCCUAGAAAUCCACAUGAUCCAUAACGUGCAGAAGAAAAUUAACCAGGAGGUGACUCUAGUGACAUCUGAAAGAGACAGACAAGAGAAGUCUCUUCCUGCAGAGCUCUGGAAACACAGGGUAAUGCAAGAAAAUUUCUCAGUUGUUCGACCACAGAUCGUUGAAAAAUUUGUUCAAAGGCUGAUGGAAAACUACCAAGAAUCAGAUACAGAGGUUACUUUAAAAAAAAGCCAUUUACAACAGUGUCUCACUAUACUGGGCUGUGACAUCAUGGCCAGAGAGCACAGCAACUUUGAGAACUACUCCAUGUUUUAUGAAAAUAUUCUCCAGCAGCAGCAUCGUCUACUUUACCUAAAAGAACAAGGAUAUCGCCCUAGCAUUGAGCAACAAGUGUUUGAAAUCAUCAGUGAAGUGAGAAGAGAAGGAGGUAACAAUGUGAUUGAUAUGAAGAAAAAGGGUGGCUCCACUAAAAAUAAUGGUGACUUGAAAGAACAUUUAUCUAAAGAACAGCUGCAGCUCUUGCGUGAUGAAAAUAUGAGGCUAAGCAAGCUGGUGGGUAAGCUAACGGCUCUGAACUGUUGGAAGCGAACUACUCAGAAGGCACAACUCUUUGCAAAGCUGAGAGAUGCUGAGAAGAAACAAAUGCUGGUGGAAGUAGUACAGAGCAGGACACAAGAAGCCAAGAAGAGAGAAAUACUCAGUGCAAUAAAAGCUGAAAACAUAGAGAAGAUGCUUAAAGAGAUGCAAGAAAAAGAGCAAAGAAUAAAAUGCCUGACUAAGGAAGAUAAAAAAUCUUCUGAAACAUCCUGUCUUCAACAAAAAGUGGUCAAAAAAGAAAUGAAGCAGAUAAGAAGCCAGUUAACCCAAGAGUGCAGUUUAAAGCUGGAGGCCUUCCAGCAGGUUGAUGAACUGCAGUGUCAAGUUUAUGACCUAGAAGCUGCAGUUUCCCAGAGGAAAGUGACUGCAGGUUCUGCAGCUCAGGUCCAAGGUAACAAGCUUUCAGCAUCUGCUCAGCAUGGGGAUUACCAGCAGCAUCCUUUGAAUUUUGACCCAAGAAGCAGCAAUGGAACAGGAAGAAACACUCAGAGACCAAAGACAGUGCUCAAGUCAAUCUACAGUGGAGAUGACGUACCUUACUGCAUGGCUGAUCCAGCCAAGGAAAAAAGAAAAUACAAUUUGGAUGAAUAG